GUUGGCUUCUUUCUGUUUUGUUGGGAGUUUUCUAUUAAACUAUGAUUUUUCAUGGGGUGAAAUGCUAUUUCACCUAAAAUUAAAUUUACAAGGUCGGUCCCACGACACUUGCUACCUUCACAGCCUACCACCGCUGCAUGCAAAAAAGACAUCCAAUGAUGAUCAAAUCAAUUCUUCACAGCAAAAGUCAGAUACACUUCUCCCACACUCUGCAAUUUCCCAAACCUCAAUCAUCAGUGUUUGAACUGUAUACACAGUAUAUAUGGCCUCUAUCUUGCCUGCAAUGAAAGCGCGUUUGGAGAAGGGCGACACCCUCUACGGCCUGUUCCUCUGCAGCUUCUCUCCAGUAAUCGCCGAGAUAUCCGGCUACGCUGGAUACGAUUUCGUCGUUGUGGACAUGGAACACGGGUACGGCGGCAUCUCCACCGCCCUCCCCUGCCUCCACGCCCUAGCUGCCACCGCCACCCCCGCCAUCCUCCGCCUGCCGGAGUGUUCCCAGACAUGGGCCAAGAAAGCCCUUGAUCUGGGCCCACAGGGGGUAAUGUUCCCCAUGAUCGACACCCCGGAACAGGCCCGCCGGGCUGUCUCUUACUGCCGCUACCCACCCAACGGGCUUCGCGGCGCGGCCCAUCCUGUAAUUCGGGCCUCCAGGUACGGGAUUGAUGAGGAGUACUUGUCUAAAUGUGAGACCGACUUGUUCGUAAUGUGCCAAGUGGAGUCUAUGGAAGGAGUGAGGAAUGUGAGGGAAAUCGCAGCCGUUGAUGGGGUGGACUGCAUUCAAAUCGGGCCAUUGGAUCUGAGCGCGAGCUUGGGGGAGCUGUGGGAUCCAGUGAACGAGAAGGUGAAGAAUAUGAUGAAUGGGGCUGAGGAGGCAGUGAUUGGGCUAAGGCCCAAUCGAGGAGAUGGCGUUAGUGGGCCGUAUUUGGCUGGGUUUGCAAUGGCGAAUGAUGGGCCUAAUGAGCUGAGGGCCCGUGGAUAUCAUAUGGUGGCUGGUGGCGUUGAUAUCGGGCUUUACAGGGCAGCCGCCGUCGACGAUGUGAAGAAGUUCAAGAUGGGCCUAAAUCUGGAUGCUGAAAUUGAGGGAACAACAGAGGUCUCAAGUUUUGUUAAAAUUGGGAGUAAAUAGAGACAUGGUUCUUGUUGUUUUCAAUGAAAUUUGCUGAGUGUGGUCCACAUAAAACUUGUGUCUUUGUAUUUUUGUUGAUUGCACAGUAAAAUAUAUGGAUAAUAACCCUGUCCUCCCAUCAGAUUUAGUGUAAUGAAA